AAAAUAUGGUUGUCCAUGACUUCCUCUAGCAAUUUAUUGACAUCAUCAAUAUUAACAUUCUCAAUGCCGAUAUAUCGAUCGCUUAUGAAUUUUAAUAGAAAAUAGAAGAUGUGAUAGAAGGCUUGUUGUCUUCAUUGUAUUUAAGUAAGUAAUGAAAAAUAAUUGAAAUAACUAAUUAUUAAUACAUUUCUCAAAUCUUCCAUGUCUUCCAUGCAUAUCUUGGAAAGCAGAAUUAUAUUCAAGAUUUUUAGAUUUAAGAUAUAAAUAUUUAAGAUAGCCUGGGUGUCAAGGGACUGGUCCAGGGAUUGUUCUCAAGAGAUAGAUUUCUUGGUUGGUCCGUGUCUGGGGCACAAAGAUGGCGCCUGGAGGUAUCUGGGUAUCGCAACUGUACUCACUCAUUCGCUUCGUUUCAGUAUACUUUUCGCGAUGGCUGCGAUAGGUACUAACGGCGUUGCCGAGCUACUUGAAAAACUCGUGAAGAUUCUGAAAGAGGAACAUGCAUUGGAUUCAUCCAGUGACUACCCCGUAGCACAGUUUGUUCACCCUGAGGAAUUAAAGAAAAAGCUGCCAAUUUCCUUGAGUGACUGGUCAGAGACUAACGAAAAGAUCGAGAAGGCGAUACGACAGAUCAUACAAUAUUCCGUGAAGACGUGCAGUCCGCAUUUUCAUAAUCAACUCUACGCUGGUGUUGACAAGUACGGGCUAGCUGGUUCCUGGUUAACGGAUGUCCUCAACACUAGCCAGUACACCUACGAGGUUGCUCCCGUAUUUACGUUGAUCGAGCAAGAAGUCAUAGAGAAGUCAUUGGCGUUGGUAGGGUAUCCACCAUUGCCGCAUGCUGAUGGUAUAAUGAAUCCGGGUGGAAGCGUAUCAAACAUGUACGGAAUGGUGUUGGCUAGAUGCAGAAUGCUACCGGCAGUGAAGAGGAAGGGCAUCAGUGGAUUGCCACCUCUGGUGUGUUUCACCAGUGAAGACAGUCAUUACUCGAUUGUCAAAGGUGCUCACUGGUUAGGCUUAGGAACCGAUAACGUUUACAAGGUGAAGACAGACGAGUUGGGUCGCAUGAAACCGAGCGAUCUAAAGAGGGCCAUAACGAAGGCAACGAGCCAAGGAUGCUUGCCGUUCUUCGUGAACGCCACUUGUGGUACCACGGUACUCGGGGCAUUCGAUCCAUUACCGGAAAUCGCCGCGAUCUGCCAGCAAGAGAAUCUCUGGCUGCACGUAGACGCUUGUCUUGGUGGUACCUUGCUGCUCUCGGAGAAGUACCGGCAUCGAUUGCGCGGCAUCGAGCUCUCGGACUCGGUGGCUUGGAAUCCACACAAGAUGCUGGGCGCGCCGUUACAGUGUUCUCUGUUCCUGGUGAAAGGCGAGGAUGCAUUGUACAAAGCGAACUGCGCCGGUGCCGAUUAUCUCUUUCAACAGGACAAGUUUUAUGACAAAAGCUACGAUACGGGUGAUAAGAGCGUCCAAUGUGGCAGGAAGGUCGAUGCUAUGAAAUUUUGGUUGAUGUGGAAAGCUCGUGGCACGAAUGGUCUCGCGCGAUCCGUAGAUCAGGCAAUGUCCUGCGCGGAAUACUUCUUGACACGGAUCAGGAAUAUCGUUGGUUUCCGGUUGGUGGUGCCGCAGUUCGAGUGUUGCAACAUUUGUUUCUGGUAUAUACCUCCGAGCAUGCGUGGACAAGCUGAAACUCAAGAAUGGUGGGCAAAAUUGUACGCGGUCACGGUUAAGAUAAAGGAACGUAUGCUUCUGGCAGGAUCACUUAUGAUCGGUUAUACACCUUUGCCCCAGAGGAACAUUGGCAACUUCUUUCGCAUGGUCGUGAGCUGUCAGCCACCACCUUCGAUAUCGUCCAUGGAUCACGUUAUCGGCGAGAUCGAGAAAUUCGCGAUUGAGCUAUAGACAAAUAUUUGCUUUGACUCGAUCAUCCGCACGCGCCAGAAAACUCAUCAGAAAUCCACUCUCGUGAAAGGACCAAGAAGAAGAAAGUAUUCACUCGUAGAAUCAUUAAUAAAAAAAGAAUAUUGUCUUUAUUGCAAACAAGUGCACGAGGGUGGGGGAGAGAUAAAUGGAUCGGAUACAUUAAUUAUUAUUCGCGUGUACACGCGACUUUAGAUAAGAACUUUAGAUAAGAACUUCGUCCUACAUAUCAGAGAAUCACACGGACAUACAAUUUUAUAGAAUUAUGUUCGUUGAUUUUUUGCGUUCUUACAUUCUCACGCACAUCAUCUUACAUUCUUUCUAGCAAAUUGCACAAGCUUUUAUGUAGAAGUUAAUUUUAACACAAGUAAAUUGUUUAAACUCAUCAUUUUGGAAGACAUAGGUUCCUUAGACAUAGGAUCCUACGAAGUACAUUUCGAUUUAUUGUAUAGACGCGGUAAGCAAAGAGACGAAUUGCUCCAGGUCGCAUGCAUGAACGUGAUUCGCGAGCGCGACUCAAUGUGAGCCAAUAUAAACGCAAUAGUCGCGCAACAUGUGUGUGUGUGUAUGCGUUUAUCGUCACACAUUUGUUACAUAAUAUACGCAUCCGCUCCAUCAUCGUAAAGCUACAUUUAAGAAGACGCAUUUUUAUGUACAACUCCGUAUCAUGGCACUACGUUACGUCGGUAUAAAAAUUCGAUGUUUCUCCUAUGAAUAAAAAAAAAAACGAAAA